CAGCAACCAUCUCAGGGGAACAUAUAUGUAUAGUUGGAAAUUAAGAUCGAAAGACCAUUUGUCCCUGUCUCAGCUCUUCUUUAUGUAAAUUGUUAUGUCAAAUAUGGAAGAAGAUGUCACUAUGUAUUGGUUAUGAAGGGCCGACCAACGAUGUAUAAAUAAGAAGAGAAACAGAAACAAGAAUCUAUGUUGGGUUUUCUCCGCCAACUUCCAGCAGCAACGCUUUCGGUUGCUGACUGAUUUACUUUUUGCAAUUAAUAAUGGAGAUCAAAGCUAGAGCUCCUGGGAAAGUUAUACUCGCCGGAGAACAUGCCGUGGUUCAUGGAUCAACUGCCGUAGCCGCCAGCAUUGGUCUCUUUACUUCUUGUUCUCUUCGUUUUCAUUCUGAUUCUGAGAAUGAUGAUACACUCAAGCUCACUCUGAAAGACUUGGGAUUGGAAUUUUCAUGGUCUGUUGGAAGAAUUAGAGAAACACUUUCUCACUUGGGUGGUCCUUUCCCGUUAACACCCACCUCAUGCUCAAGAGAAACCAUCAGAUCUAUUUCAGUUCUAGUUGAAGAACAAAGCUUUCCUGAGGCUAGAAUUGAGCUUGCUACUGGAGUGUUUGCUUUUAUCUGGUUGUACACCUCCAUUCAAGGGUUUAAGCCUGCCACAGUGGUGGUUAUAUCCGACCUCCCAGUAGGUGCAGGCCUUGGCUCAUCAGCUGCUUUUUGUGUCUCACUGAUAGCUACUCUAUUGGCUCACUCAGAUUGUGUGAGUUUGGAUAAGAACCAACAAGGAUGGCUUUCAUAUGGGGACAGUGAUCUUGAUCUGUUAAAUAAAUGGGCUUUCGAAGGUGAGAAGAUAAUUCAUGGAAAGCCAUCUGGACUUGACAAUACAGUCAGCACAUAUGGCAACAUUAUCAAGUUCAGGUCAGGUAAUCUGACACCCAUCAAGUCUAAUACGCCACUCAAAAUGCUCAUCACUAACACUAAAGUUGGGAGAAACACAAAGGCAUUAGUUGGCGGUGUUUCAGAGAGGACCUUCAGGCAUCCUUAUGCCAUGAGUUCUGUUUUUAAUGCUGUUGACUCAAUCAGCAAGGAACUGUCUACCCUUAUUGAGUCACCUGCUCCUGAUGUCCUUUCUGUAACUGAGAAGGAAGAGAAGUUACAAGAGUUGAUGGAAAUGAAUCAAGGUUUGCUCCAAUGUAUGGGGGUCAGCCAUGCUGUGAUAGAAACUGUUCUUCGUACAACAUUGAAGUACAGACUACCUUCCAAGUUGACUGGAGCUGGGGGUGGGGGCUGUGUGCUUACACUGUUGCCAGCAUUGUUAUCCAGAACAAUUGUUGAUAAAGUAAAAACAGAGUUGGAGUCAUGCGGAUUCCAGUGCUGGGUUGCUGGAAUUGGUGGAAAUGGUGUUGAGGUUUGCUUUGGAGAGUCUUCCUAAUUUCUGCAAGCAGGAUGGAUCACGGCAACAUAUAAUUCUUAUCAUCAAAUUAUCACAUGAUAAAGUAAGAUCUAAGGUUAUAACCUUUUUUGUUCUUCCAUGUUGAUUUGUAGAUUAGGGUGGAUGUUGUAUUUUCUACACAUUUAUCCUUUUCCAUUUUUGAUCGAGUCUGUUUUCUUUUUUCACUUUUCCAAAGAAUAUUGAUUAUCUUUUUCCAUGAAUAAUACAAAAACAGUGUAAAAUUUUGGAUGAAUAAUACACAUUCUAAGCGGUUUUAAUUU